AUGCUCCGAGAUUUGAAUGAUGAUUCAUCCUUUCUUCAUAACCGAUUUGUCGAAAAAUUGGCUGAUGAUUCCGAAGUUGAUUGUCCAAAUAUGUGUUCUCAAGGAAAAGUGAAGAGAGGUAAUUUAAAAGAACAUUUGGAGAAGUUUUGUGAGAAUAUCAUUCGACCCUGUGCAAUGAAAAAGUUCGGAUGUAACUUUGAGGGUAAUUUUAAUCAAUUACAAAAUCACAAAAACGAAUGUGCAUAUAUAAAGUUGGCAGGUGUUCUGGAAUCGUAUGAAAAUACAAUUACAGAUUUGAGAAGAAAAUGUGCAAACGCUCAACAGGGAGAAGAGUUCAAAAUGAAAAUAUCGACAUUGGAGCAAACUAACGAAUUGUUAAGAUUAGAAAAUGACGAAUUGAAAGAAAAAGUCAGAAAACUGCAGAAACAAGCUCAACAUUCUUCGACACAACAGUCAAGCUCUUCACAGAACAAUAAUGCCAAUACCAGCACAUAUCAAGAUCGAUCAAAUCAUCAACGACAGAACAACAGUUACAGUAAUACUAAUAAUUAUAAUAAUCAAAACAAUUAUCACAAUAAUAAUUAUUACAACAGCCAUCAUCAACAUACGAAUCAUCAUCCUCACACUCAGCCAUCUUCUCAUGCUUAUACAAAUACUAAUAAUUUUUCCCAUAAUCAAAAUAGGUCAAAUACAAGCGACGAUCAUUAUCACAAAUCUGGGGACAAGCACAACAGACGGAGUAGUAACAAGGAUAAUUGCAAACAGCAAUGA